UGGGGGAGAGGCGGGCAGGCACCGAGCGAGGCCAGGGAGCCCUCUGCGUCAGCCACUGCUCGCUGCGCCGCGCCAGUACCAGCCAGGACUCAUCCGCAGCUCCAUGCUUGUGCCCGGUUCGACUCGUCCAUCCUCCGAGAAGAGGCAGCCCAUGAGGCUCCCAGUACCCACUGAGUACCACCCUGAAGGAUGUCCCAGCUCUCCUCCACCCUGAAGCGCUAUACAGAAUCGUCCCGCUACACAGAUGCCCCUUAUGCCAAAUCGGGCUAUGGCACCUACACCCCUUCUUCCUAUGGGGCCAACCUGGCCGCCUCCUUCCUGGAGAAGGAAAAACUUGGUUUCAAGCCGGUCUCCCCCACCAGCUUCCUCCCACGGCCCCGCACCUACGGCCCCUCCUCCAUCCUGGACUGUGACAGAGGCCGCCCCCUGCUGAGACCUGACAUCAUUGGGGGUAGUAAGCGGUCUGAGAGCCAAACCCGUGGCAAUGAAAGGCCCUCGGGCAGUGGACUCAAUGGAGGCAGUGGAUUUUCUUACGGAGUGACCAGCAACUCCCUCAGCUACCUGCCCAUGAAUGCCAGAGACCAGGGCGUGACCCUGAGCCAGAAGAAAUCGAACAGCCAAUCAGACCUGGCCCGGGAUUUCUCCAGCCUCCGGACCUCAGAGAGCUACCGGACUUCAGAUGGCUACCGGACCUCAGACGGCUUUAGGAUAGACCCCGGAAACCUGGGUCGCAGCCCCAUGCUGGCCCGCACACGUAAGGAGCUCUGUGCCCUACAGGGCCUCUACCAAGCAGCCAGCCGUUCUGAGUACCUAACAGACUAUCUGGAGAACUAUGGUCGCAAGGGCAGUGCACCACAGGUGCUCACGCAAGCCCCUCCCUCCCGAGUCCCUGAAGUCCUCAGUCCCACCUACCGACCAAGUGGCCGAUACACACUGUGGGAGAAGAGCAAGAGCCAGGCCUCUGGGCCCAGCCGCUCCAGUUCUCCAGGGCGAGACACCAUGAAUUCAAAGAGUGCCCAGGGUCUGGCUGGUCUUCGAAACCUUGGGAACACGUGCUUCAUGAACUCAAUUCUUCAGUGCCUGAGCAACACCCGAGAGUUGAGAGAUUACUGCCUCCAGAGGCUAUACAUGCGGGACCUCGGCCACACCAGCAGUGCACACACGGCCCUCAUGGAAGAGUUUGCAAAGCUAAUCCAGACCAUAUGGACGUCGUCCCCCAACGACGUGGUGAGCCCAUCUGAGUUCAAGACCCAGAUCCAGAGAUAUGCACCACGCUUCGUUGGCUACAAUCAGCAGGAUGCUCAGGAAUUCCUUCGUUUCCUUCUGGAUGGUCUCCACAAUGAGGUGAACCGGGUGGCAGCAAGGCCUAAGGCCAGCCCCGAGAACCUCGAUCAUCUCCCUGAUGAAGAAAAGGGACGACAGAUGUGGAGGAAGUAUCUAGAAAGGGAAGACAGUCGGAUUGGGGAUCUCUUCGUUGGGCAGCUAAAGAGCUCCCUGACAUGCACUGACUGUGGCUACUGCUCCACAGUCUUCGAUCCCUUCUGGGACCUCUCGUUGCCCAUUGCAAAGAGAGGUUAUCCUGAGGUAACGUUAAUGGACUGUAUGAGGCUCUUCACCAAAGAGGAUAUAUUGGAUGGGGAUGAGAAGCCAACAUGCUGCCGCUGCCGAGCCAGAAAACGAUGUAUAAAGAAGUUCUCUGUCCAGAGGUUCCCAAAGAUCUUGGUGCUCCACCUGAAGCGGUUCUCAGAAUCCAGGAUACGAACCAGCAAGCUCACAACAUUUGUGAAUUUCCCACUAAGAGACCUGGACUUGAGGGAAUUUGCUUCAGAAAACACCAACCAUGCUGUUUACAACCUGUACGCUGUGUCCAAUCACUCCGGAACCACCAUGGGAGGCCACUAUACAGCCUACUGCCGAAGUCCGGUCACGGGCGAAUGGCACACUUUCAAUGACUCCAGUGUCACACCCAUGUCCUCCAGCCAAGUGCGCACCAGCGACGCCUAUUUGCUCUUCUAUGAACUGGCCAGUCCACCCUCCCGUAUGUAGCGUUGAGGAGCUACAGCCCUUCCCUCUUCCCUGUGGUGGCCCCACGUCCUAAGUUUUUUUUUUAAAAAUUCAGAAAACACCACAAAAAAAAAACCAACAAAAUCCUGACAAGUGAGAGAAAAAUAAAGUAAAAUAAAGCUACCGAGCAGAAGUUGAUACGGCCUGGUCAGGGUCUGGAGAGGAGUCCGGCGCCCGAGCCACGACCUGUCGGGAAGACGGACUGACGCACAGACGGAGUCGGCGGCGGCGGCCUCAGCUCCUCGGCUUCUCUGGUUUGCAUUUUUAAGCUUGUGGUUUUUUUUCCUGUGUGUAAUAAAAACAACAGCGGUCUGUGGGAGAGGACCAUCAGUCCACCUGCUGCCCCCAGUGCCACACCUUCUGGGAGGACAGCGCCAUCUGGAGCCUGCCGGGAGCAUCGCUGCUGGAUGGAGCUAGGGAGGAGCCUACCCGGAGGCCGCCCUGCCUGGACCUGCUCACCAGUCCAGAGAGGAACCGCCCAUGAGCCAAGAGCCCUCUUCACGCUGCUAAGCCCAGGGUUACAGAUGAGGGGGACAUCUUUGAAAAAAGCCGGUUUGGGUUUUCAAAAGCCCAAGUCUUUUUUUUUUUUUUUAAAUUAACUGUAACAAACGUACGUGUUCUGACGGGAGAUGUGGUCCUUCACACCUCUCUUCACAGCUGGGACAUUGGGCUGGCUCCCUGUUUUUUGUUUUUGUUGUUAGGAUUUUUUGUUUCGUUUUUUUUUUU